UUAGUGCGCUGAUGUUGAAUAUUACACACUGCAGCGAAAUUCUGUUCAUCUGGUUUCAUCGAUUUUCGCAGUUCGCCUAAUGAGCGAUCCACGGCGCCACAGAGUUGACUUGAACAUGACAGUGCGGGCCUAAGUAUCCCAAAGCUCGUAAUCUAUGACACUGUUUGGGUUUUAGUAUGGGACUAAAAGAAGGAAUACCCGAACAUCCAGUACACGUGGGUGCCAUUCUGGGAAUCUGUUUUGGUGGUUUGGCUUUCCUCGUCUCCUUGUCCAUCUGCUUUAUAACCUGCUACAGACGCCGCUUUGCCUUUAGACAUCACCCAGACUAUGCCUCGGCGGCUUUUAAACGUGCACCCAAGAAAGAUCUCAGCAGCACUAGCCUUAAAUCCAGCGCGUCUUCAAUCUCCAUGAAAAGCCCGGUAUGUCCGGGCCAUGGACAGCGCUUGGAGCCAAUGGUGCCUGACAAAAAGAUUCCGCCAUCUUCUUCUGGGCCUCUACAUCAACACCUAGAAUCCCAGCAGUUCAAGGGAGAGGCCUAUCACAUGGAGAGCGAAAAGGGGGACUUUACCCCUGAAAAUGACGAAAAGACCAUGGAAAAAUAUUUGGAGGAAAAGAAGCAAAAACUUGGGACACUUCACUUCACGGUACAAUAUGACCAGAAGAAGAUGUCUCUUGUCGUCACCAUAUUGAGAGCGUGUGACCUGCCGGCUAAAGAUCCUGCAAAUGUUACUGCUGAUCCUUACAUCAAACUGCAGCUCCUCCCUGACAAGAGACACAAAGUGAAAACACGAGUACUCAGAAAAACCUUGAACCCAACGUACGACGAAAUUUUUACUUUCUACGGGAUCAGUGUGAAUCAGCUUCAAAGCAUCACCUUCCAUUUUGUUGUUGUCAGCUUUGACCGUUUCUCGAGGGAUGAAAUCAUAGGGGAAGUGGUGUAUCCUCUCGCAGACGUGGAACUGGGUCAUAAAGAGAAAACCAUCUGCAAAGAAAUUGUUCCUCGGCAACAGAAGAUAGUAACCCAGGGACGCGGGGAACUAUUGGUCUCCCUGUGUUAUCAGCCGGUGGCCAACAGAUUGACUGUGGUCAUCUUGAAGGCCAGAGAUCUCCCCAAGAUGGACGUCACCGGCCUGUCAGGUACAUAUCCAUAUGUAAAGAUUUAUUUGUUAUACGACGGCCAACGUGUUGCGAAAAAGAAAACCCACGUCAAGAAAAGAACCGUCAAUCCAGUUUUCAACGAAUCUUUCGUAUUUGACGUACCGUCGAACGAAGGCCUCGAAAACAUUGGUCUGGAACUGCUUCUCUUAGACUACGAUCGUGUCACCAAGAAUGAGGUCAUAGGCAGACUGGACCUGGGUGUACAUACUAAGGGGAAUGAAUUGUGCCACUGGAGUGAAGUGGUGAACUGUCCCAGAAAACAGAUUGCACAGUGGCACAAACUGAAAGAAUGAACAUUACUUCAAACGGACAAAAAAUAUAUAUAUAGAUUCUAGGGUGCCGCAAAUGAAUAAGCCUUACCAACGAGAGUAUUAUAUAAUGAAAGGUCGUGGCUGAUGGUUCCAACGCGGAAAUAUGCUUUAGCUUUGGCUAUCAUGUAGAAUUCCGGAUACGCAAUAGCAGCGACGUCUUAUGUUACGUGUUUUAUUGAGAAAAAAUAUUAUAGCGAAUACGAAAACUUUUCUUGUAUAUAUAUCUACACAUACACUAACACACACAUGCACACACACAAAUUCAUGUCUCGGGCAUCUUCAAUGCCUCUCCCCC